AUUUGAAAUUUCUUUUGUAUGCGCGCGCAGUGCUGUCUUAUUGAGAUCAAAAUUGCGGUACUUUGUUAAUCUAGUGACUUUAGAGUCUCGGACGCGCAAGCGCAGUCUUGAUUCGAAACUCCGUACUCCAUCCAGUCUGCUGUCAACGUCGUCGGCUCGGCCCGGCGGUGCUCGGCAUCGUUCGAUUCUAUCGGAUUGUCGGGUAUGCUCGGCUACCUCGAGUAGUAGCAGCAGCAGCAGAGCAGGCGGACCCGUCCACAGUCCAUCGUGGUCCAGUCACCGAGGGAGAGGUAGGCUGGGGGCAGUACAGGCGAGGUUGUACAGGCAGGGGCAGGAAAGAUGGCUGCCGCGGCGAACGUUGCGCCGGAGAAUCAGUAUUUCUACGAGGAUGUCGUCUAUCGCGUGGACAAACGGGGCAACGUCGUCUUCGGCAUCGUCAUGGAGAAUGACGAUCAGGACAUGUCCGAGGAGAGCUCCGACAGCGAGGAGAGCCUGCCGAAGCGCAAGAAGGGCGAGAUACGCAUGAUUUGGCAUCCGUCCGGCGUCGAGGAGUUGGUCAACUGUAAGAAGGUUCAUCUGGCUGAUAGGACCCUCAUGCCUGGAGAUGUAGUACGUAGGAUGAUCAAGGGAAAGGAUACGCAAAGAGGCUACUGCAGAGACAUAGAACUGACUGCGUGUGUACAGGUCAUUGGUACCAAGCAGGUACUUACGGAUAUCAAGAGCGAAGAUCUAAUCCCAUUGCAGGAAUUUGCAACAGAUAUGGCAGUCUGCAUGGAUUCUUGGGUUGGUGGUAUUAGAAUGACGCACUUUAAGUUAUGGUUGGUAACACCAGACGGAUCACACUGUGUCAUAAACGAGAUGGAUUCCUGUGUGCUGGGACAAUUGGAAGAGACGCGAGAUAAUGACAAUGAUUUUCCACACUCUACUGAAUUCUAUCCUGGUCAGAGUCUAUGGGGUCCUGUUCACUGUCUCGAGGAUGCACAGUGGAUUCAGUGUACAAAGGAGAUGAAGGCAAAGAGAAAAUUAAAACCACAAAAGAUAACAAAAGUGAUUGUGGAGAAAGUAGAAACUGAUUGGGUAGGUGUUCAUUGGCAGUGUCGAGCAUAUUCAAAGGACGGUGCCUGGUCCGAUCAGGCACAACCAAAAUUUGUGGUUGAAGGUGAAGAUCUGAAAAAAUUGAAACUGUUAAAUGUGUUCGAGCCUUCGACAGUACAAGUCGGCGAUCGCAAUUUUUACAUCAUUAAGGGAAAUGAAAAUGUUAUUACCCGCGAACAAUGGCGGAAACAACAAAGGGAUAUUUAUCAAGUUCCUAAGCAGAGUCCGAAGAAGACGCGUCCAAAUAUUACAGUGACGAAGCUACUGGAAGAUAAGAAGAAGGAGCAGAGAAAGGAUAAAAUCAAUCAACGAUCGGUAGAAGAGAGCAGUCAAAGUAAUGGCGUUCAGGAUGUCACAAGUAAUAAUACUUUGAUGCCACCGCCUCAAAAUCAGCACGCCGAAAGUUCGGAUGAGUGGGAUACCGAAGAUACGACGGGUUCGCAAAGCGAUACUGCUUCGGUUUCUAGUGGCUGCUCCAGCAUGUCGUCAAUGGGAAAGAAAAAGAAGGGUCCUGCAUUGAUGACAAAAGUGCUGAAGAAAAAGAAGUUGCGAAAAGCGAAAAAGAAAGUACCGCCUGUUCCAUUAAUUCCCGGGACAAAGAUAGUUGUAGAAACGUUGUCCACUAAUACAAAAGCUAAUGUGGUGUGGCAAGAUGGUUCAGUAGAAUUUGGCAUACCAUCAACACAAUUGUAUCCAAUUCAUCACUUGGAUGAUAAGGAAUUUUUCCCAGGUGACUUUGUUGUAGACCAAAAGGAGGAAUCUAGAAUGUAUGGUGUUGUACAAAGUGUUGAUCAUCAAGGUCGUACUGCCAAGAUAAAAUGGUUCCGAACAUAUACUUCUAGUCAAAGUCCAGAGCCAAUCUUCCUGGAGGAGCGCGAAGUGAGCGUUUAUGAUUUAAAGGAUCAUCCAGAUUUCCAAUACAGACCGGGAACCCUGGUAAUCCGAAUAGCGAAUUUUGAGGGUGAGGACGCUGGAUGCACCGCCGGUCAAGUGUUGGACAAUUAUCCAGAGGGACGAGUGAAAGUAUGGUGGGUCGAUGGUCAUAUUAGCAUGUGCUGGCCACAAGACCUGUACAAGGUUGGAGAAUACGACAGUGACGAAGGAGAAUUGUGGGAUGAUGUAUCAUCUGAUUCGUCAUGGGAGACAGAAUUGGAGGAUUGUUUCAUCGCCGAUAAUGAUGGCACCGAACAGACAGAAUUGGAGAACAUAAAACCAAAGUUAGCGGCGCACAUCGAAAAGGCCAGGAUCGCAAUGUCAAGAUUGGAAGAGAUCUUUACACAGAAUCCAUCAUUGCAGACAACAGAAGUGAUGAGAAAACUUUUAGAAGUCUACAAAGAUUGUCGUUAUAUGGAUAAAUUAAUGGGCACUUCGUUUUUUCACGAAUGUCACUUCCAAGGGCUCCUCGAGCGGGUGAGAGAACGCGGUAGAGCGAAUGUCGCGCAACGUAUGGCCGAUCAAGUGACGAGACUUUUCACACCUAAAUCCGAAUGUCCGGAAGAAUCUUUGGAAAAAGAUAAUUUAAAGAAUUCGAGAAGCAGCGAUGAUCAGUGUGUAAUUAAUGUGCCGGAGAAGCAGGUUGCUACAAUUAUUAAUAGAUCAGAAAUUGACAAUACUAUUAGUAUCGAGAAUAAUACCAAAAAGCAAGGCGACGAGGAACCGAUUAAUCAAUUAUUCAUACGUCCCAAUCCCAAUCCUGAGGAUUCUGGAUUGUAUUCGGCGGAGAACUCGAAAAAAGAAUCGGGUUCGAGCGAGUCCAGUGGAGAAUUUCUCAUGAGCGAAGACGUUAAUAAUACACCAGAAUGCUCGUCCACAUUGAAUGGCGCAAAUUUGCCCGAUAAAGCAGAAACAAAUAAAGUGAAAAGAGUGCCGACGAGUCUUGUGACUUCUCAGAACAUUGGAACGUCACAUGUGUGCGUGAAGCUGUGUAAUCUAAUAAAAGCGCAGCUUGUGUUGGCGCACGCCGAAGUGUCUAGAAGAUUCGGUUUGGCCAAAAUGUCAUUAUCGGACGCGGAAAAAACUUCUCCACGGAAAAAGCAAAAGGGAGAGGAGGAGGAGGAACGCGUGGAAACGAUGAUGGAUCCAUCUGAAUGUUCCGUCGAAAUUCCACCGCCGGUUUAUACCGAGGGCGAAGGCUUCUCUAUAGAGGAGACCGCGCCCGACAGUCACAAAUUCAAGCUGACCAUGUUUCAGCCUACUGAUCCAAGCAACUUCUUCAGAACUGUCUCCAAGGAAUUGAAGUUGCUGAAGAGCUCACUUCCACCGGGUGUAUGGGUAAAGGGAUUCGAGGAUCGUAUAGAUCUGUAUUCCGUAAUGUUCCGUGGUCCCGAGAAAACGCCCUACGAAGACGGCCUUUUCCUCUUUGACUUCCAAUUAUCGGCUGACUAUCCGGUCGCGCCGCCUCUUUGUCAUUACAUUUCCUAUUGCAGCGAUCGGUUGAAUCCUAAUCUCUAUGAAGACGGGAAGGUGUGCGUGAGCUUGCUGGGGACCUGGUCUGGUCGUGGUACAGAAGUAUGGACAAGCUCGUCGACCCUAUUGCAAGUGAUUGUUUCGAUACAGGGUCUGAUUCUUGUGAGUGAGCCGUACUUUAACGAAGCUGGCUUCGAGAAGCAGAAAGGCUCGCAGCAAGGACGCGAAAACUCAAGAAUGUAUAACGAAAUGGUGGUGUUGAAGCUGGUACAAGCGCAAACAAAGUUGCUGUUGCAUCCACCACCUGUAUUCAAGGAUAUUAUUAUCGCUCAUUUCAAGAAACAUGCCGAGAAACUGCUGCAGAGACUGGAAUUGUGGAUGGAGAUAUCCGAGCAGCAUAAUAAUCAACAUCCGUUAUCUCCUGUCACUCCCACUACAUUCAAAGAGAUCGCUGAUAUUGACGAGAAAGUAUUGCCUGAAUUCCCGCUCAUCCCGGCAUCGCGCGGUUUCUGCAUAACCCUCGGCAAGACUUUGGCAACGUUUAAAGAAGUACUCGUUAAAGAGAAUAUAAUACAAAGGCCGAGAGAAUGGCAAAACAAUGAAAACAUUAUGGAGUUGAGGAAUAAUACUGCAAAUCAGUGCCAAGAAAUAUCUAAAUCGAUUAACAGUAAGGUAGCAGAAUGUAAUCAGAGCAGUAGCAGCAUGAGCAAUACACUACAGGAAAGUAACAAAAAACUGACAUUAAAUGGCAAUCAAUCCAUUAAGGAAGUGACGUCAUCUUCCGCAACGAAUACCUUUGCAACGGUACCGAGCGAGACGAAAAAAAGUCUUUUGAGCCAAAACACCAGCUAGCCACAAGGUAAAAGUAAGCAUAAAUUGAAACGCUUAGUCCGUUUAAAUUAUUAUACGACUGUU